AUGGCACUGAGCAUCCGAGAGGCGGACGCCAAGCGUCUGCUCUGGACGCCUGUGUCGCACCCGACGCCGGCAACAGGUGCAACUCCCGAGACGGGGCAGAGGUCUGCAUGCAAUGGCGUGUCCAGCGCAAAGGCCGCGCCUCUCGAUGAGCCCUGCUCAGUGCUUCGCGGCGUAUGCGUAGCAGUGAACAGCGCCACUGACCUCACCGAGUUGCCGAACGACCAUCCGUGGCUCCUCACUUCUCGACUCACGGUGAAGCCCGACGUGUUGCUGAAGAGGCGCGGGAAGAGCGGCCUGGUCAAAUUGGAUCUCUCCUGGCCUGAGGCGCAGAAGGAGCUCCGCGCGCUGAUGGGCACGCAGUUCAGGACGCAGGGCCUAACCGGGACUCUGGACCACUUCAUCGUCGAGCCGUUCUUCCCCCACGAUGAGGCCACGAACGAGUUCUACGUCGCGAUUCGCACGCUUCGCGAAGGCGACGAGGUCCUCUUCUCUCCGCGGGGAGGCGUGGACGUGGGAAACGUCGACGAGCAUGCACGUCGCGUGCUUAUUCCUAUCGCAUGCGACGAAGCGCGGGCCAGUCAGGCCGCGGGAGCGAAGACUAACGGCAUGGCAGACGCCUCCGCCUCUGAGGGAGACGCGACGAAGGACGCCAGGAAGGCCUGCACGCAGCCGCUGGCUCUGGAGGCUACAAGGAAAUACGGGAUCGAGUGCCGAUUGACUCAGGAAGAACUUGAGGCCCUCGUCGCGCCACUUGUCACGGAUGUCGCUACGGAUGCGAAGAAGGCUAUGCCCGCCUUCCUCGCCCAGCUGUACAGACAGUUCUGCGAGAUGCACUUCGCUUUUCUGGAAAUCAACCCAUUCUGUUUCGAUGUCGCCACGCAAACGUUCGUCAUUCUGGACUGCGCCGCGAAACUCGACCACACUGCCGAGUUCCUCUGCGACAAAAAGUGGGGUCACGUCUCCUUUCCGAGCCCCUUCGGCCGACGCUUUACCGAAGAAGAAAGAUACAUUCGCGAGUUGGACUCGAAGACCGGCGCGAGCUUGAAGUUGACCGUGUUGAACCCGAAAGGUCGGAUUUGGACUCUGAUCGCGGGCGGGGGUGCGUCGGUGGUGUACGCGGACACAGUCUGCGACUUGGGUUUUGGCGACGAGCUGUGCAACUAUGGGGAGUACUCUGGCGCUCCUUCAGAGGUGACAACCUACGAGUACACGAAGACGAUUCUCGGACUGAUGACUGCGCCGGGUUCGUACCGCGAAGAAGGCAAAAUUUUGCUGAUCGGGGGAGGCAUCGCGAACUUCACAAACGUGGCGGACACGUUUCGGGGGGUCAUUCGAGCGCUGCGGGAGUUCCGCGAGCAGCUGCGUGAAUUCAAAGUGCGCAUCUACGUACGUCGCGGCGGGCCGAACUACCAGGAGGGCUUGAAGCGUAUGCGCGAGGUUGGCGAGGAGCUGAAUCUGCGCAUGAAGGUCUUCGGGCCAGAGACGUACAUGACGUCGAUCAUCCCGUUUGCGCUCCACGACGAGGAGGACGCUGACGCGAAGCUCGAGGGCGAGAGAGCAGGCGAGCGGGCGCCGCACAGCUUGCCCGGCUCCGCGUCGCCGCCUGCGACCAUGACGGAGAUGAUCGGUGACCUGACUCAGCACCACGGCUGGGACCUGAGUCUCUCUUCAGACGUCUUCGGUUCCACCGCAGGACGUGGCACGUCACCCCUCGAGGAUACGACGGGCGGGGUCGCUCCCGUCACGCCGUCGUCUCGGGGGACUCAAGGCACCUUUGCGCACGGCGGCCGGCUGAGUCCUUGGCACGAGAUGACGAUGGAGGAAGUGGAGAAGAACCCUCACUUUGAGAAGUACAUCCAGGCCUUUCUCGCACAGCAGAGAAAAGCCACGGACACGCCUGCGGCUGGAAGUGCGUCUGCGAGUCCGUCGGCGCCUGGUGAAUCCGGCCCCGAGAAGGCAUUCGCUUCGCUUCUCACGGAUGUGGAGCAGCCCCACCGGUUCACGGAGAAGACUCGCUGCUUCGUCUGGGGACUUCAGACACGCGCGGUGCAGGAAAUGCUGGACUUCGAUCACGCCUGCGGCCGCAAGAAACCGUCUGUGGCGGCGAUUCUGUACGAGUUCUCGGUCUCACACCAGCGCUCCUUCUACUUCGGGACGGAGGAAGUCCUGCUGCCCGUGUACCAGACGCUCCAGGAAGCAGUUCAGCACUUCCCGGAUGUCAGCGUGUUGAUCAACUUCGCGUCGAUGCGGUCUGCUGCUUCGGUCACGCGCUUGGCCCUCGAAACGGCGCCGCAGCUCCGAACGAUCGUCGUCAUUGCGGAGGGCGUGCCCGAGCGCGAGGCUCGCCAGCUGGCGGCGGAGACGCGUGCUCGGGGCGUCUGUCUGAUCGGCCCCGCGACCGUCGGAGGCAUAAAGAGCGGCGCGUUCCGCAUCGGUAACACAGGUGGAACUCUGGAAAACGUCAUGAAUGCGCGACUGUAUCGGCCAGGGAGCGUCGGCUGCGUGACCAAGUCGGGCGGGAUGCUGAACGAAAUGAACAACAUUCUGUCGAUUGUGAGCGACGGCACGUACGAGGCCAUCGCGAUCGGCGGAGACCGGUUCCCCGGUACGUCCAUGCUUGACCACCUCCUGCGAUUCGAGCGAAAUCCAGACAUCAAGCUCCUCGUGCUCCUGGGUGAAGUCGGCGGCGGGAUGGAGUACGAAGUGGUCGAAGCGAUAAAAGACGGACGCCUGACGAAGCCACUGAUUGCCUGGUGCGUAGGCACGUGCGCAUCGCUUUUUUCCACCGAAGUGUCUUUCGGGCAUGCGGGAGCGUGGGCCGGAAGCAACCGGGAACACGCCGUCGCGAAGAAUGCGGCUCUGAAGGCUGCGGGCGCCUUCGUCCCUUCGUCCUUCGACGAACUCGGAAAGUCGAUUCGCCACGUGUACGUACAGCUGGUCAAGCAGGGCGUCAUCGUACCGCGGAAGGAGGUGCCGGUUCCGCGGAUCCCGAUGGACUACGCGUGGGCGAAGAAGCUCGGCCUUGUCCGUAAGCCGAAGGGUUUCAUCUCGACCAUCUCGGACGACCGCGGCGAAGAGCUGCUCUACGCAGGCUGGCCGAUUUCCAAAGUGCUCGGGGACCAGCUCGGCGUGGGAGGCGUAAUUUCUUUGCUCUGGUUCAAGAGGCCGCUGCCGGACUACUGCUACCGUUACCUCGAGCGCGUGUUGAUGCUGACAGCCGACCACGGACCCGCGGUCUGUGGCGCCCACAACGUCAUCGUCACGGCGCGCGCGGGAAAAGAUUUGAUCAGCAGCUUGAUAUCUGGACUCUGCACAAUCGGCGACCGGUUCGGGGGUGCGUGCGACCAGGCAGCUCAGCAGUUCCUCGGCGCCUUCACCAGCGGCAUGGCACCUGCGGAGUUCGUCUCGGAGAUGAAGAAGCAGAACAGACUGGUCAUGGGGAUCGGCCACCGCAUCAAGUCCGUGCACAACCCCGACAUGCGCGUGCAGCUGCUCAAGACGUUUUGCAAGUCGAACUUUCCGCAGACGCCGCUCAUCGACUACGCGGAACAAGUGGAGCAAGUAACCACGAAAAAGAAGGAUACGUUGAUUCUCAACGUCGACGGCCUGAUUGGCGUCAGCAUGUGCGACUUGCUCUUCCACUGCGGACACUUCACGGAAAACGAGGCCAGAGACUACAUCAACAACGGGUGCAUUAAUGGUCUCUUCGUCUUGGGAAGAUCCAUUGGUUUCAUCGGCCACUUCCUUGAUCAAAAACGACUCAAACAAGGCCUGUACAGACACGAUGUAGAUGACAUCGCCUAUGUCCUGCCAGACUGGAGCAGCGCAGAGAACCAGCAGGCGUGAGCUACCGUAUCUCGCACGCUUCACCCUAAUUAUAAUCAUAUAUGUAUAUAUAUAUAUAUAUAUGUAUGCGUCGUUUAAGAGCAAACGAAGCAGUCAGAAUGCGAGGGGCGAGAGUACGGACACAGAGGAAGAGAUAAUGACGAGGCGGAGAACGAUGAGUGAUUGGAGAAACGCAGUAUCUUGCGAUGCCGGCGAUGUUGUUUCUGUCGCAGUCUGGACAGACGAGGGAACAGAAAAUGAAGGGGCUACAUGUUUAACUUAGAUGAGCAACGGGCAUCUCAUUUUCGUAUGCCGGUCCUUGUAGAAACGUCUGCUGUAAACCACCAGCAAAAGCCUUGGUGGCUUAGGUUCUUGCGUGACACGAGUGACUUCACACGACCAAACGAAAGCGUGUAUGUGUAUGUUUAUAUGUUUGCAUACGCGUUCGUGCCCAUCUAUAUUCAUUCAUGGAUGUGUGC